GAUCUUUCUGGGCCGGACUGUCAGCGAUGGGAGGGAGGAGACAGAGAACGAAGGGCUCGCGGAUCUCGGCGUCAAUUGGCCUCGAGAGACGAGCACCGAGCGACUGAAAAGCGGCAGCGUCCUAGAUCGCUCGCAUUCGACUAGAAUUGGAUCCAUGGCGACCGAGGGAUCGCUGCAGGGAUUCGAGUCCGUGCACAGGUUGCUUUCAGAGACCUUGCCUCCGCAGCUCUUUCAGGAAGUACAGCGAGUUCUGCUUGGUUGCAACGGGGGGAAACCUGUUCAAACGCUCUCUCUGCCUGCUAUCGUUACGGAAAGUGCCCAGUCUCAGAACUUCGACGUUUUGGCAUAUAGCUUCUCAGCUGCAGAGGAGCAGCUGCGGAAACCGAGGGUUGUUCGCAUUGGCUUGAUUCAAAAUGCCACCGUGCUACCCACAACCGACCCAUAUGAACGGCAAAUGAACUCGAUUAGAGAGAGACUGCGGACAAUCAUAGAGGCGGCAGGAAAAGCCGGAGUCAACGUUCUCUGUUUGCAGGAGGCUUGGACAAUGCCGUUCGCUUUUUGCACUCGGGAGAAAAGCUGGUGUGAAUUUGCGGAAAGUGCAGAACGUGGAAAAUCAACACAAUUCAUUCAGGAAUUAGCCCGUAAAUACAACAUGGUCAUAGUGAGCCCUAUACUGGAAAGGGAUGAAGCGCAUGGUGAUACACUGUGGAACACUGCUGUAAUUAUUGGAAAUCAUGGGAAUAUCAUCGGCAAGCAUCGCAAGAACCAUAUUCCCCGAGUGGGAGAUUUCAACGAGAGCUCCUACUACAUGGAGGGAAACACAGGUCACCCUGUUUUUGAGACGGAAUUUGGGAAAAUUGCCGUCAACAUCUGCUAUGGCAGACAUCAUACCUUGAAUUGGCAGGCGUUUGGCAUGAAUGGAGCGGAGAUUGUCUUUAAUCCAUCAGCCACCGUCGGAGAUUUGAGCGAGCCCAUGUGGCCGAUUGAGGCUCGAAAUGCAGCCAUAGCCAACACCUACUUCGUUGGAGCGAUCAACAGGGUGGGCACAGAAUCGUUUCCCAAUGCUUUCACUUCAGGAGAUGGCAAGCCAGAGCACAAAGACUUCGGUCAUUUCUACGGGUCCAGCUACGUCGCCGGUCCAGAUGCGUCGUGCACUCCUAGCCUGUCUCGUUGUAGAGAUGGUCUCAUGGUUGCCGAUUGCGAUUUGAACCUGUGCCAACAAGUGAAGGAUAAGUGGGGAUUCAGACUAACUGCACGAUACGAACUUUAUGCCAAAUUCUUUAACGAGUACAUUAAGCCUGACUUCAAGCCUCAAGUCGUCAGAGAUGCUUUUCUUGACUCACCGAAAGAGAACGGUGUGUAUUAGCAGUCGCAGAAUAUUGCACUCCGUCGUUACAAAUCGUGGACCUUCUUUGGAAUGAUGAUUAAUAUCACGCAGCGAAUGUUACACGGAUGGAAGCCAGGCUUGUAGGGA